AUCAAGAGCAGCAUGCCAUUUUCAGAUCCAUCGUGGCGCCGGGCAGUUGGUUCUAGGGUUUUAUUAGGGUUUGAUAAAAUCCCCAAUCAACAAAUUGCUCUGUAAUGGCCACCAUCUCUUUCAUUCCCAAAUUUCCAAUUCCCUCUGAUUACUGAAAUCAAACAUGGAGAAAGAACCAGUUCCUUCAUCAAUUACUGAAGAACCACAACCCAAAAAACAGAAAAUGUCCACCACCACUACUUCCGACGAAGAAUACGCCGCCGGCGCCGGAGAUGGUUCUGCUCCGGAGAGGAAACCUAGAUACAAGCGCCGGAAAGUAGCAAUAUUCUUUGCUUACUGUGGAGUAGGAUAUCAGGGUAUGCAGAAGAAUCCUGGAGCAAAAACAAUCGAAGGAGAUUUAGAAGAAGCACUUUAUCAAGCAGGUGGUGUGCCUGACCAUGAUAAAUGUCAACCCAGAAAGUACGAGUGGGCUCGUUCUGCUCGUACUGAUAAGGGCGUUAGCGCCGUCGGUCAAGUUGUUUCGGGUCGGUUUUACGUCGAUCCGCCUGGUUUUAUUGAUCGGCUUAACUCCAUUCUCGUUCCUCAAAUCCGGAUCUUUGGGUUUAAACGUGUAACGAAUGCGUUCAGUGCUAAGAAGUUUUGUGAUAAACGUAGGUAUGUGUAUUUGGUUCCUGUUUUUGCUCUUGAUCCAUAUGCACAUCGUGAUAGAGAAAGCGUGUUAGCUAGUUUAGGAUCUGGAAAAGAGCUUGUUAAGUGUUUAAAUUGUCCAGAAAGGGGUCGUAAAGUCGCUGGAGUAAUGGGUAGACGUGUUUUCGAUCCAAUAACUCAGUCAGUUAUUAUUGUUGAUGCACCAGUAGUUACUGCAAAUGAUCCGACUACUGAUACAAAUAUGAUAAUUGAAAAUGAAGCUUCUUUAAGUGAGAAGGUUGAAGAAAGGAUUGAUGUAGUAGAGAGAAGUGAUGAAAAUGCUAAAAAGGAAGAACAAGUGGAAGAGAGUGUGUUUUGCUAUGGAGAGAAAGAAAAAGAGAGAUUUAACAGAAUUUUGAAGUAUUUUGAAGGAACUCAUAAUUUUCACAAUUUCACAACUAGAACAAAAGCUGAUGACCCUGCUGCCAAGCGAUUUAUCAUUUCCUUUAAUGCAAAUACUGUAGUGAAUGUUGAUGGCAUUGAUUUUGUGAAGUGUGAGGUUAUUGGUCAGAGCUUCAUGCUUCAUCAAAUCCGUAAAAUGAUUGGUCUUGCUGUAGCUAUCAUGAGAAACUGUGCUCCUGAAUCGUUAAUUGUAACUGCCUUCCGAAGGGAUGUCAACAUCAAUGUUCCCAUGGCGCCUGAGGUUGGUUUGUAUUUGGACGAAUGCUUUUUCACCUCAUAUAACAGUAAGUGGAAGGACACUCAUGAAGAAGUGUCUCUGAAAGCUUAUUUAGAGGAAGCAGAAGAAUUCAAAGUGAAGUAUAUCUAUAGUCAUAUUGCAUCGACAGAACAAAAGGAAGGGACAAUGGCUGUAUGGCUGCAUUCCCUGAACCAUCGUAAUUACCCUGAUCUGCGUGCUGUGGAUAUUGUUAAACCUGCUGGUGGUGGUCUGGAAGUUGUUGAAACUGCUGUUGAGGCUGGUUUAGGUGCUGUUAACAAUGGUGAGAGCACUGAUAAUGUUAGUUCUGCUGUUGCUGGCCCAGAAGUUACUGAAACUGUUGUUGAGGCUGGUGUAGGUGCUGUCAACAAUGGUGAGAACACCGAUAAUAUUAAUUCUGCUGGUGCUGGUCCUGAAGUUGUUAAAACUGUUGUUGAGGCUUGUUUAGUUGCUGUCAACAAUGGUGAGAGCACUGGUAAUGUUAAUUCUGCUGGUGAUGAUUCAGAAGUUGUUAAAACUGUUGUUGAGGCUGAUUUAGUUGCUCUGAACAAUGGUGAGAGCAUCAAUGCAAAGAAUGGCGAGGCAGGGCGCGAUGCUGAUUUGAUCAACUCAUAGGCUAUGCUCUAUCAAACAACUCUCUGCAUCUUGUGCACCAAUAUCAUGUAAACUUUUUACCUAUGUGUUCUAUCAUUUAUGGUGUUCUAUUCUUUCAAGGGAACUCCAUGGAGCAAAGAUAGAGAAAGUUCUUGAUCCUAAUUCUAGGACAUGUCAAAAUUUAAGUGUUGAAACUUCGUUAAUUUUGUUAUACUGCUUCAAAUGUUAUGGUGGAAGUGAAGCAAUAUGCUUUAGUUUUUGCUGAAGUGAACAAACUGUAAUUUGACAAAUUACAUGACACUGAUAAUUUGACAUGGCAAGCUGAACUUUUGAAUUAGCUAUUAGCAAUGGUUGUUCAAAUUUUAUAUAGUUGUAUGCUCCUCUUUGUGUUGCUA